GCACGGUAGUUUCGGGGAUGUAUGGAAAUGCACCUACAUCGCAUCCAACCGUCAAGGCCUGGAGGUAGCAGUCAAAUCCAUAAGGAUCGAUAUCGUAGGCGACGAUUCCAGAGCCAGACUCACUCAAAGACUCUUGGAUGAUUUUCAUGCACGGAAGCAACUGCGUCACGAAAAUAUUUUGUCUCUGCUCGGUUUCAGUUACGAUUUUGGCCUACUUCCAGCAAUGGUUUUCCCCUGGAUACACAACGGCUCGCUCACCACAUAUCUUGAACGCCAUUUCACAGAAUUGACCAUCGAACAAAAGCUCCGGAUCUUGCGGCAAGUCGCUGCAGCCAUCAGCUACCUCCACUCGAAGGGUGUUGUUCACGGUGACCUUACUGCCAACAAUAUUCUGAUAGAUUUGGACCACAAUGCCCACGUAGCAGACCAUGGAAUCCUCGCAAUGUGUUCCGAGCUCUCAGGGACUUCAUACAUCAGGAGCAACGUGCGGUGGGCUGCGCCAGAGCUCUUCAAGGUGCCCGAGAACGAAGAGUUAUCAACUCCUCCACAGCCAGCCAGCGAUAUUUAUUCCUUUGGAUGCAUCAUGCUUCAGGUUAUGACAGGUCGACCACCCUAUGCAGAUGUGCGAAGCGAUCAUCAAGUUACUGUCCUGAUACUCAAGGGUAAGAAGCCCACAAGACCGUCGAGUCCGCACGACGUAGACUCUUUCUGGAGUUCCAUCGAGAAAUGCUGGAGUGAUGCAGGACGUCGCCCCUCUGCCGUCGAUAUCCUGAGCUUUCUAGGAUCAGAUCAUGCCACUGCGCUAGAAAGAGCUAAUUAGGGAGUUAUUAGAGCGUUUUUGCUAGGUGAUUUAUCAAGGAUUUCAUUAACUUACGGCUUGUCAAUUUUACACUUAACUAGAACAAGUGGAGCGCAG